CGACACUUUUACCGUCCCUUUCUUUUUCAAUCAAACGAUAUAUCAAAAAGGAUGGACGAACUAAAGGCGUACGCAUCGACCAAGGAGUCCAAGAUGCAAUACCACUACUUGGGACAAUCAGGCCUCAAGGUCUCUCAUAUCAUUUUGGGAGCCAUGUCGUAUGGAUCUUCCAAGUGGCAGGAUUGGGUCUUGGACGAGGAGAAAGCAUUACCUCUUCUCAAACACGCCUACGACCGCGGAAUCAAUACCUGGGACACUGCCGACGUCUACUCCAACGGCCGCAGCGAACAAAUCAUCGGCAAAGCAAUCGCCGAAUACAACAUCCCUCGCUCCCGUCUGGUGCUGCUCACAAAAUGCUAUUUCGGCGUCACCGACGACGACAACACCACUCAUCAACCCAAGAUCCCAGAAAUGAUGGACAAUGACGGGGAAUUGGUCAAUAGGGUAGGGUUAUCCAGGAAGCAUAUCUUCGAUGCAGUGGAGGCUAGUGUGAAGAGAUUGGGGACGUAUAUUGAUGUGUUGCAAAUCCAUCGAUUGGAUAGGGGAGCACCCAAGAAGGAAAUCAUGAGGGCUUUGAACGAUGUGGUUGAAAAAGGAUGGGUCCGCUACAUCGGUGCCUCUUCAAUGGCCGCGUGGGAAUUCCAAGAACUGCAGAAUAUUGCAGAAACCAACAACUAUCAUAAAUUCAUCAGCAUGCAGAACUAUCACAACCUGCUCUACCGUGAGGAAGAGCGCGAAAUGAUUCCUUACUGCAAACACACCGGUGUAGGCUUGAUCCCCUGGUCCCCCAUGGCCAGAGGUGUUCUAGCCCGCCCCUGGAACUCUCGCUCUUCGAUCCGCGAGUCCUCGGAUAACACCCUCAAAGCUUUGAUCCGCAACAAAGAGACGGAAAUCGAUCAGAAGAUUGUGGGAAGAGUGGAAGAGGUGGCAGGAAAGAAGGGGGUUAGUAUGGCGGCGGUAGCUGUGGCGUGGAGUAUUGGAAAGGGCGAUAUUCCGAUUUUGGGCUUGGGGAGCGUGGAGAGGAUUGAUGAGGCGGUGGAGAAUUGCAAGGUUAGAUUGACAGAGGAGGAGAUGAAGUAUUUGGAAGAGGCUUAUAUGCCCAAGGCUGUCACCGGAUUCUAG